CAUAAAGCAAUACCUAAACCUGCUUCUUGGCAUGGCAUCAGAACAGAGCUGAAAUACUAAUUUGAUUAAGACAGAAAUCAUGGUUCGUCUGACCUUGGAUCUAAUUGCCAAAAACAGCAACUUUAAACCCAGAAAAGAAGAAACCACCUUACAAUACCUGAAGAAAAUAACUCAUAUAAAUUUUUCAGACAGAAAUAUAGAUGCAAUUGAUGACCUCUCUCUUUGUAAAAAUCUUAGUGUUUUAUAUUUGUAUGAUAACCGUAUUAGUCAAAUAACUAACUUGAAUUUUGCCACAAAUCUGACCCACCUGUACCUACAAAACAAUUGUAUUUCAUGUAUAGAGAACCUCAGUUCGUUGAAGAACCUGGAAAAACUGUAUCUUGGAGGCAAUUACAUUGCUGUCGUAGAGGGUCUAGAAGGAUUAGAAGGACUGAGAGAGCUUCAUGUUGAAAGUCAGAGACUUCCCCUUGGAGAAAAGCUUCUGUUUGAUCCAAGAAGUCUUCAAUCUCUGGCAAAAUCCCUCUCUAUAUUGAAUAUCAGCAAUAAUAAUAUUGAUGACAUAAAAGACUUAGAAAUACUGGAAAAUCUUCAUCAACUCAUAGCAGUUGACAAUCAACUUCUGCAUGUGAAGGAUUUGGAAUUUUUACUGAGCAAAUUGAUGAAACUGUGGAAAAUGGAUCUAAAAGGAAAUCCUGUUUGUCUCAAACCAAAAUACAGAGACAGAUUGAUACUGGUCUCCAAAUCACUGGGUACACAUUUAUAUUAA